AUGGACUCCAAGCCCAUUGAGGUAGCAGCCCUAAGCAGGGCGCUGUAUCCUGGCAUGCUGUACGACUGUCGCAACGACUCCUUCAUCCCAGGUGUCGCCCUCUGGGACACUGAAGCUAUAAAAAAAAACCUUGAUGUCCAUCAACAUCCAAGCUCAGAUUUCACAAUCUCAACCUCCAACUCCUUGAUGGUGAAGUCCAAUCUGCUGGACGUGAGUGCUUCACUGAAGGCCAGCUUCAUGGGGGGACUGAUAGAGGUGGAGGGGUCAGCGAAGUAUCUGAAGGAUGACGUCUCCUCUGCAAGGCAGUGCAGGGUCACUAUGAAAUGCAGCAAGACUGUUCGCUACGAGCAGCUGACCAUGAGCAACCUGGGUAAGAUUACCUACCCCUGGAUGCUUGAUAAGCAUACAGCCACUCACAUCAUCACAGCCGUGCUGUACGGGGCUCAAGCCUUCAUGGUUUUCGACCAGAUGGCUUCUACAGAAGAACAGAAGCAGGAGAUCCAGGGGACCCUGCAUAUGAUGGUCAAGAAGAUCCCUAUGUUCUCCAUCGAAGGGGAGGGAAAGGUGCAAUUGACAGAAGAGGAGAAGACGACUGCAGAUCGGUUCAGCUGCAGGUUCCACGGCGAUUUUGAUAUAAAACAGAAUCCCACCACUUACCUGGAAGCCAUCGAGGUGUAUAAAACACUACCAGGGUUGCUGGGGGAGAAGGGGGAAAAGGCUGUGCCUGUGAAAGUGUGGCUCUACCCUAUGAUGAAGCUGCACUCCAACGCUGCUCAGCUGUUGCGAGAGAUCAGCGUGGAUCUGGUCUCCCAGGUCGAGAAGGUGCUGGACUUGUUCAAAGAGGUCAACGUGAGAGCAAAUGACAUGAUCGGCGACAGCUUUCUCAACCAGUUUGAAGAUCUGAAAGACAAACUGGGACUGUUCCAGCAGAAUUUCCUACAGUAUAAAACAGUGUUUGAGAAAGCUGUGUCCAGGGUCCUGCCAGCUAUCCGGGGGUGCGGAGAAAAGGAGCAGAAGCUGGUUGAUAUACUGAACACCCACAAUGAUUCUCAAUUCACCAGCAGCAAGAUGAAGAAGUGGCUGGACGAGAAGGAGAUUGAAAUGAACCUGUUGAGAUCCUACACUGAUAUGCUGAAAGACUUUCCCAUCAUGAACUCAAGAGUCAAACUUUUCAAAGUCCUCUUCGAUCCCAUGAUUGAGACUGUCGUCUGCUUCACCUCCACCUCUCUGCAAAACAAAGAGCCAUAUCUCUCUAACCUGACCCAGUGCCUCCAAUCUGAUGAUUUCAGGAAGCUGGAGAAGAAUGAUAGUUUUGUACCAAGUGCCCCUGAAGAGGAGACCCAGCCAUGGUACACCUCCCCUGAGCUCUCAAAGAAAAUUAGAGAUAUCAUUCGGCGGUUCUGCGUUAUUUCAGAGAAUCAUCAAACCGACAAUAAAUUCAGAUUCAUUGUGGCCUCGAUCUCAGACCCCUCUGAUCCCGGAGUCUCCAUUCGCACGUACCGCUGUGGGGAAAUUGGAUUUCCAAUCGAUGCUCCAACAUCCCAUGGUGACUGAAAAGUUUGGACCACACAAAGUGGAGGAGAGAGCAGUGAAGACAGCAGCUGAGACAGGCACAGAGCCAGGUCAGGAGAAGUGAACAGCCACGGACACACCUGACACAUCAGGGCUGCAGGCUGCUUGUGCAGCCAGUGCGGAGACUGAGCUUUUGCCUUUGUUUUUAUUUCAGUGUAACAAUCUGUCCAGCGUGUGAAGAAACCACUUCACUUUCUUUCUUCUGUCCAGUAUUCUCUUUCUUUUGAAAAGUCUUUCUAAAUAUUAUUUCAACAACAUUUUUUUCCAUCUGUUUUCUGAUUUGUCUCUCUCCAUGCUCUAUUAGGAUGAGGUGGAGGGGUGUGGGGGGGAUUUAAAACUCAACUCCCAACAGACUGGUUUGUAAAAAAAUAAAUAACUCAAUACUGAAACAAUAAGCAGCUUAGAAAUGACUGAUAACUCAAUUUAUAUUAUUUUAACACAAGUCUAUAUAUGGGGAAAUGUAAUGGCCUAUCUGUACACCUGCAAAUCAA